CGGGGUCGACCAGCAGAAAAUCCAGAACAGGAUCUUUCAUCCUCCGUAUCAACGCUCUCCACCCUUACCCCCCCCCUCUUUAUCGCCGACCGCUGCGAGUGCAAAUAUGGCGCCCAGUUUCGACACCUUGAGCGAGCAGGACCUCCACGAAGAGGAGGAGGAGGAGAUUGACUUCUCCGACCUGAAGGAGCAGUUCGAAGUGAAACUUGAUGAGGGUUUGGAUACAUUCGUUGUCAUCGAUGGGCUUCCGAUCGUGCCUGAGGAGAGCAGGCAAAAGCUCAUUAAGUUCCUGUUGAGGAAGCUCACCACCGCCGGCCACACCUCCGAAGAUGCCGUUUUCAUGCCUAUCAACGACAAGAACAUGUCCGAAGGUUUCGCCUUCGUUGAAUACGAGACCCCCGAACAAGCCGUUGCUGCCGUGAAGGCCCUGCACGGUGUCCCCCUCGACAAGAAGCACACUCUCGCCGUCAACAAGUUGAUGGAUAUCGACCGCUAUGGUCGUGAAGGACGUAUUGACGAGGAAUACAAGCCUCCCACUAUCGAACCAUUCAAGGAGAAGGAGCACCUCCGCUCGUGGCUCUCCGACCCCAACGCUCGUGAUCAGUUCGCCCUCUACCGCGGUGACAAGGUCGGCGUCUUCUGGAACAACAAGAACAACCCGCCCGAGAAUGUGGUCGACCGUGCCCACUGGACGCAGCUGUUCGUCCAGUGGUCCCCCAAGGGUACCUACCUCGCCUCUGUCCACCCCCAGGGUGUCCAACUCUGGGGUGGCCCAGCUUUCUCGAAGCAAAAGCAAUUCCCUCACCCAUUUGUGCAGUUGGUUGAGUUCUCGCCCGGCGAGAACUAUCUCACCACCUGGUCCGCGCGCCCCAUUCAGGUUGAGGAGGGUCACCCACUUUUGACCUACGAGGAGGAAGGAAAGAACAUCAUCAUUUGGGAUAUCGUGACCGGAAAGCCCCUGCGUUCGUUCGUUUCCAACGAUCUCGCUGUUGGUCCCGGUGCCGAAGGCGACGCCCAGCCCAAGAAGAAGGUUCAGUGGCCCGCUUUUAAGUGGUCUGCUGAUGAGAAGUACGUUGCCAGAAUGCAGCAGUCCCAGUCGAUCUCUAUCUACGAACUUCCCCGGAUGAACUUGCUGGGCAAGACCUCCGUCAAGAUCGAUGGUGUUAUGGACUUCGAAUGGUCCCCCGCUACGGUUAACCGCGAGGGAGUGAAGCAAUACGAACAGCUGCUUUGCUUCUGGACUCCUGAAAUUGGCAGCAACCCGGCUCGUGUCGCUCUCAUGAGCGUCCCUUCGAAAGAGAUUGUUCGUACCCGUAACUUGUUCAAUGUCUCCGACGUCAAGCUGCACUGGCAAUCACAAGGUACCUAUGUUUGUGUGAAGGUGGAUCGUCACUCCAAGUCCAAGAAGUCCAUGGCCACCAACCUGGAGAUUUUCCGCGUGCGCGAGAAGGGUGUUCCGGUCGAGGUUGUUGACAGUCUCAAGGAUACUGUGAUCAACUUCGCCUGGGAGCCCAACGGUGGACGUUUCGUCCUCAUCACGAACGGUGAAGCCGCUAGCGGCGCUGCCGCUCCCCCGAAGACGGCUGUUUCCUUCUUCGCUCCCGAGAAGAAGGGUGUUUCGGCUGGUAACUUCAAGCUUGUACGCACCAUUGAGAAGAAGACGAGCAACGCCAUCUACUGGUCGCCCAAGGGCCGCUUCGUUGUGGUCGCCACUGUUCACUCUCAAUCGAGCUUCGACAUAGACUUCUGGGAUAUGGAUUUCGAGGGUGAGAAACCCGAGGGUGAAAAGGAUCUGGCUGCCAACCUUCAGUUGAUGAAGACGGUCGAGCACUACGGUGUUACGGAUAUUGACUGGGAUCCCACUGGUCGCUAUGUCGUCACCAGUGCCAGUGUCUGGACUCACUCGAUGGAAAACGGCUGGAACCUUCACACCUUCGCUGGUCAGACCCUCUCCGAAAACCCCACCGACAAGUUCAAGCAGUUCGUCUGGCGCCCCCGCCCCCCCACCCUUCUCAGCAAGGAGGAGCAGAAGCAGGUGCGCAAGAACCUGCGCGAAUACUCCAAGGAGUUCGACGAGGAGGACAAGUACGCUGUCGACAUCGCCAACACUGCCGUGGUCGAGACGCGCAAGCGCGUUCUCAACGAGUGGGUUGCUUGGAUGCGUCGGGAGAAGGAGCUCUUGGCAGAGGAGCGGGAAGCCUACGGACUUCCCGAGGAGGCCGACACUCCCAAGCUGGCCAAGGAUGCCUCCGCGGUCUCCGACGAGCAGGGCGAUACCGUUGUCGAGGAGAUUGUCGAGGAGAUCAUCGAGGAGAGCGAGGAAAUCAUUGGUUGAUCGGGUUUCCUUUUUUUCCGUACCUAAUGUGUCCAUUUCCAUCCCGUUUCCCUUUUUUUUUUCUCUCCUGCAUCUUGUCUGUCGAUAUCCUCCUCUAUUUUUUCCUCUCUCUCUCUCUGAAGCUUUCACACUUCUUCCUGUGAGCUUCCUUCCAUGAUACGCCUUUGGCUUGAUUCCAAUUUGCAAACAGUGGGAGCAGACCUUUUGCCUGGAACAUUCAAAAAAAGAAAAGUGAAUAGAUCUGUAUUGCAUAUUUUUACCCCAAGCGUGUGGGGGAUUAAAUGAUAUGCGUGACGUUUGGUAGCAUGAGAGAUGACAGACAAUGAUGAAACCAGCAAGUAUUGCAAC